AUUUUCAACAUGAUUAAGAAAUGCGUCGAUAAAUCGAGGACGGUUAAAGUCACGGUCAAUGGGGUUUGAAAUUAAUUCAUUGAGAUAACAAAAUGAUCAUCAAAAAUUAUUUAUGAAAACACAAUAAUCAUCAAACGAAAAAUUCACAACUGCCACACCGUACAUGACCGUAGCUGUCAAGUACAGUGACAGACGUCAAAUUGUUCUUACCAAGGUUCCUACCACGGAGUAGUAAUGGUCGGUGCCGGCCCGGGCAAUUUUUCUACAGUUCAACAGUCAAGACGGCACAAUGUAUAAACAAAAAUAGAAAUCCAUCCUUUGCAGGUUCACUAUAAUCUGACAACGGUAUUCGAGUACCCAAGCGAAUGCGCUCUUUUUAAUUAUAUGUAAAUAAAUCUAUAACCUAACUGUAGAAGACGGAGUUCACGUUCAAGCACCCAUCGUGUAUAGGUUGACAUCGCGAUGAAGCUUUUUCAUCUGAUAUUCUACUGCCUGUGCCAAUACGUGAUUUACGCGACGAAUAAUGUUGUUGACGAAAUCAUUCCUUCAAAAACUCUCGUCUGGGGUCCUGGGCUCCAUCCUGACAAAAUUGUGAUGCGAGCUCGCUACAUAUUCUUACAACUGCGGGAUCAAAAUGAGAAGAACUCAUCAAUAUCUGCAGGAGAAGAAAUUAUAUCUGCCCAGAUACAAGGCAAAACUCUUGCUGGGAGCCCGUGUCAUAUUUGGAAACAAAUUUUAGAUCGUAAGGAUGGGAGUUUUAUCGUACGAUACAAGCUUUACCAAACAUGUGUGAAUCUUCAAAUUGUUAUCAGGGUAAAGAACGAAGAUGUGCCUGCUUCCCCAUACUUUUUUGCCGGCCCUGUGUACGAGGAAGAAUGUUAUUGCCCAAACCAGGAUAUAAAUGAUUGGUUAGAGAAAAAUCAAUGCCCGCAAAACUACAGCCAAAUACAGGCAGAUCUACAACCUUUUUUCAGCAUAGAUUUUGACACUCUUAGAAAAGAUAUUAUCAAGAAGUUUGAUCGCCCUUAUAGCGUCAGUAUAUGUCAUUAUGUUAUCAAACUAAACAAGGUUUACAGACAAUGCUAUGGACAACAUGUUGGCUUCAAGACAUUUAUGGAUUCAAUUUUAUUGUCCUUGGCAAGAAAAUUUGUCAUGCCAGAUAUAGAGCUCUUUGUUAAUCUGGGUGAUUGGCCUCUAGUUUCAAACACUGAAAAAACUUACCCCAUUUUCUCAUGGUGUGGAUCUGAUGACUCCAAAGACAUAGCUAUGCCUUCUUACGACCUGACCGAAUCAACUAUAGAGAAUAUGGGAAGAGUGAUGCUAGACAUGCUGUCUGUACAGGGCAAUACAAAGUUGCCAUGGGCUGCUAAGGUAGAAAAAGCGUUUUGGCGUGGUCGUGAUUCUUGUCGAGAACGAUUGGAUUUGAUAGAUAUAGCUCGAAAACAUCCCGAUUUGAUAAAUGCUUCUAUUACAAAUUUCUUCUUCUUCAAGAAUGAAAUUGAUAAGUAUGGACCAAGGCAAAAUCACACUUCCUUUUUCAAUUUUUUUGAUUAUAAAUAUCAAUUGAAUAUCGAUGGCUCAGUGGCAGCUUACAGAUUCCCCUAUCUCCUCGCUGGUGACUCCUUGGUAUUCAAACAAGAAUCAAAGUACUACGAAUUUUUUUACAAGCAACUCCGGCCAUAUGAACAUUAUAUUCCGAUUAAAAAGGACCUGACAGAUCUUGUAGAGAAAAUAAGAUGGGCAAAAAAACAUGACAAUAUUGCAUACAAAGUAUCUCGUAAUGGACAAUUAUUUACCAGAGAUAAUUUGAUGCCAUUAAAUAUAUUUUGCUAUCACGCUGUUUUGUUCAAGGAAUGGAGUAAUCGGUUAAAAAGUAAAGUAAUUCCACUGGCUGGUAUGGAAGAGGUACCGCAACCUGAGAGUUCCUGUAAAUGUCAUCAUAUAAAUGCAAUGAGAUCUAAAGAAGAGCUUUAAAAGUUUUAUCAUCUCAAAACAUGGAAUGUUCGUUAGGUAUUUAUUCAAUAUAAAAAGUAUGUAGCAAAAAGUGCUUUAUGAACUUGCCAUCUAAAAAAGUUUUACCAAAUUUUGAUACGUAAUGCAAAACUUUUGGACCUAACUUGUAAGAAGGUUUCACUUCAAUAUGGUUCGUAUUCCAGCUUAUUUUUAAUUCAACAUGAAAUUUUUUUAUCUCUCCAGAUCAC